AUGAAAUACCGUCGUAUUGGUAGAUAUGCUUCCAAUUCAGCAUUACCUAAAAACGAAAGCUAUCAAAAAGGACAAUUACAGCACAAGGAAUGGAAGGGACACUUUGUACCGGGUAAUAUGAAACAUAUUGAACGUUUAGCACCACCACAGGUGAGCGACUGUACCGAUCAAUACCGAAAUGAAAGAUUAGAAGGGAUGCCUUGUCAGUGGCGAUCAGUCCCACGAAGUUAUUUCGAACUUUUCUAG